AUAUACGUGUCAAAAACGAAACUUGACGUUAAUAAAUGCAUUUCUAUAGCUUCCAAAAUCUUUUUGAGAACGCAGGAGGAGAACCAAGAUGGCUGCGUGGUGGAAUCAGUAUUCCAAUGUUUUUAUACAUCAUUGCAUGCAUGCCACACAGUUGAGUCCGAAGAAUGAAGGAAUUGGCAGAGAGUGGGUGGUGUGCAGAUUUUUUUACACGAGACUGAAAAGUUUUGUUUUGCUUAUUCAUUCAUGCAAAUGUGACCUGACCGUCUGCAGAAAAGUUCCCUUUGGUAGACCAGUCUAUUGGACGUCACUGCUACGGCUCCACGAAGUCGCAUGUCCGGCGAGCACGAGACAGUCCAGAGUCAUGUCGUGUGAGAAGGGCGACGGAGACCCCAUGGAGGAUCCCCUCUUCAUCCUGGAGAGUGGCGAGGUGUACAGGAACCCCACAGAGGUCAAGAUGAGCCAAAUCGUGAUGCCCUGCCACGCCAACCACUGUGGAGAGCUCAGCGUAGGACAGCUGCUCAAGUGGAUGGACUCCACAGCCUGCCUGUCUGCUGAAAGACACGCUGGGUCUCCCUGUAUUACUGCCUCUGUUGACGACAUCCACUUUGAGCACACUAUAGGAGUCGGACAGGUUGUUAACAUCAAGGCAAAAGUGAACAGAGCCUUCACAUCCAGCAUGGAGGUGGGCAUCACGGUAAACUGUGAGGACCUGUUCAGUAGCUGCCAGUGGAACGUGUGCAAUGCCUUUGCCACCUUUGUGGCRCGACGCACCGAGGAGGGGAAGGUGAGGGCUGAAGAGCGAGGGGGCACCCAUCUUGGUUUGACAGUGUUGGACGUAUCAACCACAUCAAUAUGUCAUGCWUCAAUAGGAGGACACACACACAGUGUUGGGGUGUGUGUGUGUGUGUGUGCRCGCACGCAGGUGCAGCUGAAGCAGGUGAUUCCACGGACGCAGACCGAGCAGAUGGAGUACAGCAUCGCUGCAGAGAGGAGGAGGAUGAGACUGACUCAUGCUGAGAUCAUCACAGACCUACUGAGCAGCAACACAGCUCAACUAGGAGAGUGUCAGGAAUACCAGGGUGCGGUGUCAGCAGAGCGAACACGGGUGGAGAGCGUGGAGUUGGUGCUGCCUCCCCAUGCCAACCACCAGGUCAGCACCUUCGGGGGUCAGAUCAUGGCCUGGAUGGAGAACGUUGCCACCAUCGCAGCAUGUCGUCUGUGUAAUGCUCACCCCACUCUGAGGACCAUAGACAUGUUCCACUUCCGGGGCCCGUCUCACAUCGGUGACCGGCUGGUGCUAAAGGCCAUUGUUAACAAUGCCUUCAAACACAGUAUGGAGGUGGGUGUAUGUGCAGAGGCCUACCAGGGUGCGGGUGCGUUGCGGCACAUCAACAGCGCCUUCAUGACCUUUGAGGUGCUGGACAAGGACAGGAAGCCACGUACAUUACCCCGGAUACGACCCGAACCUGUGGAUGGGAAGAGGCGCUAUCAGGAGGCUAUUGCUAGGAAGAAGAUCCGUCUGGAUAGAAAGUACAUAAUCUCCUGCAAGCAAACGGAGGUUCCUCUGUCUGUGCCCUGGGACAUCAGCAACCAGAUGUAUCUCAGCUACAACAAUGUGUCUGCACUGAAAAUAAUGGCUGCUCGAAGCAACUGGAUGUUAAGCUCUGAGAAAAAUAAGGUCAGUCUGUACACGCUGGAGGAGAACCAGAUACUGUGUUUUAAGGUGGAGACUCAUGUCACUGUCCCUGCUGAACAGGCAUUCCAUCUGCUCUCAGAUCUGCGCAGGAGACAUGAGUGGGACAGGCAUUACCAAAAAUGUGAUGUGAUCAUCCAGGCAGAUGAGGAUGACACUAUCUACCGCGUGGCCACUCCGUGUGUCAGUAAGGGGGGGAAGGGCCAGGACUUCAUCCUCCUGGCCUCUAGGAGGAAGCCCUGUGACUCCAGGGACCCGUACCUGAUUGCCCUGCGCUCUGUCACCCUGCCGACCCACCCUGCCACUGAGGACUACACCCGGGGGGAGGUGCUCUGUGCCGGCUUCAGUAUCUGGGAGGAGUCCAACGCUGUCACCAAGAUCUCCUACUACAACCAAGCCACGCCAGGAGUCCUCCCUUACAUCUCCAACGACAUUGCAGGCCUUUCCUCAAGCUUCUACGGCACCUUCCACUCCUGCAACAAGUACCUGGAGGAGAACAGAGACAGCCUGGCCGUCCUGCCCCCCUCUGACCUGUGACCGAAUGGUUUCCUCAUGCUGGCCCAGCACCUCCUACCCUAUCCACCCCUCUCCUCCUUAGGAGAUCUAGGAGAUAGUUCUGGGAUACCCCCCUCUCGACUUCAACUGCCAAGGAAAUCAGGACUUAUGCAUUUCUAAAAUGUGGGAUUUUCAAAUGUGGGAUUAGUCAAAGGACUUUUUGUUGUUACUACUGUUACUGUCUUUGAUGUGAUAUUCCAGUGUACAUUUUCUACAGUACAAGUUACUUACUUAUUGCAGUUGUGCUCUGUAUUAAAUGUUAGAUCUUAUCUGGGCAUUAAAACAGUUAGUAGCCCUAUGAACAUGAGAAGUAUGCAAAUUAGUUUGUUAUGCUGCAGUUAGGCUCCCAAGUGGCGCAGCAGUCUAAGGCACUGCAUCUCAGUGCAAGAGGCAUCACUAGAGUCCCUGGUUUGAAUC